CUGAUAGGGCCAGUUUCUGCGCAUUGCACUUUUUCCCCCUUUCAGGAACACGUUCGAGCCCGCGGCAGGGGGCGGGGUCGCGCCUCCUCCGCGGCUCCGGUUCCAGCCGAGCCCCACGGACGCGAAGAUGGAAAUCCCGAGGACACUCCCUGCUCGUGGGCCUCGACAGGGCGGCGGCGCCGGCGGCCCCUCGGGUGGCGGCCGGGUCCACCGAGGCCCCGACCCGGGAGCCGGCCAGGCCCGGGCGCGCCGCCUCCUGCUGCUCGGGGGCCCCCAAGAUGGCGGUCCGGGGCGGCGGCGCGAGGAGGCCCGCGCGGCGACACCCGGCUCCGGCCCCAGCCCGGGGGCUCUGCGGAGGCCGGAUCGCGCCGGCGGCGGCGGCGGCGGCGACGGCGACGACUUCUUCCUGGUGCUGCUGGACCCGGUGGGUGGCGACCUGGAGGCGGCGGGCGCAGGCCCGGCCGCAGGGCCCGUGUGGAGGGAGGACGCGGAGCCGGGCCCGCGGCCUCCGGGGGGAGACGGCGGCGCGAGUGUCGCGGGCCGCGCCGCCCCGGGGCCUCGCUGCCUGUCCGCGGCCCCAGCGCGGGCGCUAGCUCCGGCCCGGGCCCCCGCCUCGGCCCCAGCCCCGGCCGCGGCCUUCGCGGGCACCGUCACCAUCCACAACCAGGACCUGCUGCUGCACUUCGAGAACGGGGUUCUCACCCUUGCCACGCCCCCGCCUCCUGCCUGGGAACCGGGGGUCGCUCCUGCCCCGCAGCCCGGGGUUCUCAUCGCUCCACAGGUGGGGGAACUCCAGGCCUCGCAACCAGGCGACUGCCCCGAGCAGCCGCCGGACCUCCUGCUGGCUGAGCCGGCUGAACUAGCCCCAGUGCAGGCACCGGAGCAGGAGGGCGAGGCGGAGGGCCCGCUGCCCGACAGCCCCCCUGGGCCUCUGGGCGCAGGCCCCGGUGUGGUGCUGUACCUGUGCCCCGAGGCGCAGUGCGGACAGACCUUCACCAAGAAGCACCAGCUGAAGGUGCACCUGCUGACGCACAGCAGCAGCCAGGGCCAGCGCCCCUUCAAGUGCCCCCUGAGUGGCUGCGGCUGGACCUUCACCACCUCCUACAAGCUCAAGAGGCACCUGCAGUCCCACGACAAACUGCGGCCCUUUGGCUGCCCGGCGGAAGGUUGUGGCAAGAGCUUCACCACCAUAUAUAACCUCAAGGCUCACAUGAAGGGCCACGAGCAGGAGAACUCCUUCAAAUGUGAUGUGUGCGAGGAUUGCUUCCCCACGCAGGCCAAGCUCAGUGCCCACCAGCGCACCCACUUUGAACCAGAGAGGCCCUACCAGUGUGCGUUUUCUGGCUGCAAGAAGACCUUUAUCACAGUGAGUGCCCUGUUUUCCCAUAACCGUGCUCACUUUCGGGAACAGGAACUCUUUUCCUGCUCUUUUCCUGGCUGCAGCAAACAGUACGACAAGGCUUGUCGGCUGAAAAUUCACCUGCGGAGCCACACCGGUGAGAGACCGUUCCUUUGUGACUUUGAUGGCUGUGGCUGGAAUUUCACCAGCAUGUCCAAACUCUUAAGGCACAAAAGGAAGCACGAUGAUGACCGUAGGUUCAUGUGCCCCGUGGAAGGCUGUGGUAAAUCUUUCACGAGGGCUGAGCAUCUGAAAGGCCACAGCAUAACCCACCUGGGCACAAAGCCUUUCGUGUGUCCUGUGGAAGGCUGCUGUGCCAGGUUCUCUGCUCGCAGCAGUCUCUACAUUCACUCCAAGAAACACUUGCAGGAUGUGGACACUUGGAAAAGCCGUUGCCCAGUCUCCAGCUGUAAUAAACUCUUCACAUCCAAGCACAGCAUGAAGACCCACAUGGCCAAAAGGCACAAUCUUGGCCAGGAGCUCUUAGCUCAGCUGGAAGCUUCAAAUUCUCUUACACCUAGCAGUGAACUUACCAGCCAGGGACAGAGUGAUUUCAGUGAUGCAGAGCUAGUGUCCCUCUUCUCUGAUGUGCCUGGCAGUAGUUCUGCUGCAGUACUGGACACAGCAUUGGUGAACUCUGGAAUCUUGACUAUUGAUGUGGCCUCUGUGAGCUCAACUCUGGCAGGGAACCUCCCUGAUAAUAAUAAUAAUAAUAAUGCUUUAGGGCAGACUGUGGACCCUCGGGCCUUGAUGGCCACCAGUGACCUUCCUCAAAGCCUGGAUACUUCCCUGUUUUUCGGGACAACAGCUGCAGGUUUUCAGCAGAGCUCCUUAGAGGUGGAUGAUGCCUCGAAUCUAAGUGCAGGGCCUUUGGGGACUCUGGGCUCUUUGACUAUGAAAAGCUCCAGUCAGGAACCCCAGGCCCUGACCCCUAGCAGUAAGCUAAUGGUAGACACAGAUGCUCUGACUCCUCCAAGUACCCUUUGUGAAAACAGUGUCUCAGAACUACUGAUGCCAACCAAAGCAGAAUGGAACUUACAUCCCGACUCUGCCUUCUUUGGACAGGAGGAAGAAACCCAGUUUGCGUUCACCAGCCCAGCAGGAAACCACGUUUCUCAGAAAGAAACAGAUCUUAUCACGGUGACUGGAAGCUCAUUUUUGGUAUGAACCAUUCAUUCCUCACCUCUUGUAUUAAUUGGCCUCAAUUUUAUGGAUAUCCUGGACCGAAAUAUCUAUGAGAAAUGCAGUCAUUUUCUCAUAGCUUGAAAAAGAUCAGAGCCCUGGGAAACAAGUUUGGCGAUGUAAAUUCUGAUCUAGUGUUGGGAACUUUUAAGUUGAGUUGGUGACCCUGAGCAAGUCACUUAAAUCUUGUCUGAGCCUUAAUUUCCUUAUUUAUAAAAUGAGGUGUCCCUGAAUAGACCACUCCUAAUCUAUAAUGUACCUAUAGGUUGUGUCUUUCCAGCUCUGUAUUCUCAUGACUUUGUGCUCUUUCUUUUUCAAGGACUUUAUUAGGCAUUUUACAGUGAUUAACUAUUGCAUGUGCUUCUAAUGUAAUGAAAAGUGCAUUGAAAGGUAAUGGUAAGAGAACAUGGAACGGGUAUUUUAAAAAAUGAAAAUUUUAGCACAGUGCCAAAAGAGUUCUACAAUCACUUUGUGGCACUUAAAGAAAGCCAAGAGUUCUUUAAACUGAUUUUCUUUUUAGCCUCUGUUUUGAUGGAAUGUUUUGUGGUUUGGGUGCAAAGUGUCAGGUUUUGAUAUGUCACAGACCCAGAGUGAAAUAUUGAUGUUUCUGGUGUAAGUGGCCUUAAGUAAGUUACUUCAUCGCAUUACGCCUCAGUUCUCAGGCUGCAAAACAGUCACUGUAAUGUAAAGAUACCUGGUACAUCUUAAGGCAUUUUUUUCCUCUACUGGUAGUUAACUUUUGGAGAGAAAAUGUGGUGUUUCAGCAUGUUUUGGUGAAAUUUUAGUCACCUUUCCUGCCCCUCCUUUUCUGAUUUAAAGAGGUAUACUUUAAAAUCACACGUGUGCAUUUGGUUUAGGAAGCAUUGAAGGGGAUCUCAUCCACAGAUUAUGAAGGAUUUUUUUUCUGCACAAAGGUUAAGUGCACCAGACCAAAUUAUAAUGCCUUUGGUCUGCAGUCAAAGCCAGCCCUGGUGAGACUAAUAUAGAGCCUGGUUGGGGUUUCAAGAAAAUCUGGGAACGAAAGAGAGUAAAGUUUUUCUUUUUCCUGUGCCCAUUUCUCACUGCUUGUCUACUGCCAGAGUUGGAAUGAGAGGUUUUGUCUGCAUCGUGAGUAAAUAUUUUGUCUCUUCACACGAUCAAAACAUUUUGCAGCUUCUGUGGCACUUUUAUAGCAUUACACUUCAUCUCCACGGUUUUGGAAAUAGUUAUGGCAGAGUUUUAGCUAUAAACCAUAUUAAAAUUUAACUCUCUUUUAGUUGAAUUUUAUUUAGUAUACACAUGCAUACACAGAAACUCUUGUAUAAACAAGGAAAGGUUUUUCACCUCUCCAGUUAAGUUAUUCUGUCUUGAUCAUUUUAUUUUAUAACCAGUUGUUCAAUUCCACCUCAAAUAAUGUCUGCUUCCUUCAGCCAGCUUUGCUCCCUCUUUUGCAUGUGCAUGCUAGUUUUUAUCUUGAUCACUUUUAGAACUUUUACUUGCAUGAUUGUGUUUGUGCUCAUCAUAAACCUUUUCUUCAUGUCCCUUUUUUUUCAGUUGAACUGUCUAUUGUAAUUCUAAGUUUUCCCUAAUAAAUUACUUUCUUGAUUUAGGUGUCAGUGAAUUUGUGUACAAAACAAAUGAUACCAGGGAUGUUUUUUUUUUUUGUGGUGCCUGGAUAUUUUGGUAAAGCUUUAUUGCAGCAUUUACUUCUUUUCUAUUUUUUUAACCAUACAAUUCUGAUAGCAAACUCUGUUGUUGCUGUAAAACAUUCUAACCCAAUACUGCUUGCAUGUAGUUGUUUAUAGAUAGCUAUUAUAGAAUUUGGUACUGCACUUUAUAAUUUGCCAUGGUGAAACUCAUCUGAGCUGCCUUUCACAUUUAUUUAUAAGUGAAAAGAUACAUCAAUUAGUAAUCCAAAGCUAUCAUCAUUCUUAUUUUCUAUUGUUUUAAACAUUUCUUCCUCAGAACUUUGUAAGGAAUUUGACUAUUUUCAAAAUGUUGGUAAUUUAAGUCCUCUUAAUAGACUCCCCUUAUUCUCCUUCAAAUAGUAAUGCAGAGCUGAACAUGCAAUUUAUAGGCAUAUUGUGAGAUAUAUAACUAUAAAGUUAUCUUAAAAUACUGUGACUUCCUUAAUUCCCGGUCUUGUUUCCUCUCACUGAAAAAAAAAACAACAAAACCCCCAAACUAUCAUAAACCUAUACUUCCAUUAUGGGACAAACUUUAUUUUUCUUGAAGAUAGAAGUCUUGUAAUAGACAUAUCAGAAGGUUUCCUCAAUAUGUCUGAAAGAUUAUCUUUAACGUUUUAUUUGUACACUUCUGAAAAUGGCAUGGAAUUACAUUCAGAAGUGUGACUGCAAACAUAAUGGUUACUCCUUUUGAUGUUGACAUAAAUUUGCGAUUUUUUCAGACAGUGGGUUUAUAUGACUUCCUUUGUGUUAUGUAUUUCUACAGCUCUUGGUUAAGAGUUGAGACCUUGCUCAUUGAAAACACAGCAACAGAAUGCUCUCAAGAAUGGUUUGCACACAGAUCACUUGGCGAAACUUGUCAAUCAUGAGUUAGAAUAAGUAAAUCUUAACAUUUUUGUUGUUACUUUAUUAUAUAACUGAAAGCCUGGGGUACGACAAGGUAGAAUAUAACAUAGGUUUUUUUCUCUAUGGAUCAAAUGCUUUACCUUUUCACCUAGAAAAAUUGAAAGAAGGCUUUGGUGUAACAGGGUAUUUAUGACACUUCUUGGUUCCUGAUAAAGCAUUUUAAAAUCUCUCUUUUCAGGAAUCUUUACACUUCAAUAAUUAUUAAUAUGAAACUUAACAAAUAAUUUAUAUGUAUCCCAAUGGACAUUUUUGAGGAGAGGUUGCUACACCUGCCAGUGCUCAUAACUUACUUCUGGCUUUUUGCUCAGGAAAAACUCCUGGCAGGCUCAGCAUGGGUCAUAAUGGGUGCCAGAAAUUGAACCUGUGUCUGCUGUGUGCAAAGCAAAUGCUCCUGCUCUGCCCCCUCACUGGACAUAUUUAAUAGUUGCAGUAGUUGACAGUACACAAAUCUAUGUAUAUAUUUCUUUUAAAAAUGAUUUGCAUAACACUUUAAACAAAUCAGUACUCUACCUGGAAUAGUGUAUAUGAAUACUGUCAGAAUUCAACUUCAAAUAAAACGAAAAGUACUAAUUUCCAACAAUUACUAUAUAUAUGUCAAAAUAUAUAUGUCAAAAAUAAAUGGGUUCUUUUAGUUAUAAUUUUGUGAGGGCUUUUGUCAAGGGCUACAACCUGUCUUGUACAGGGACUCUUCCUAGAUUAGUGCUUGGAGAACACUCCAGGUGGUGCUCAAAGGACCAUGCUAUGCCAGGAAUCAAACCCAGGACUUCUCAAUGCAAGCAUGUUAUCCAGGCCUUUGAGUCCUUUUAUUCUUUUGGAUGGGUUUGGUUUGGGGUUAUACUUGUAAAAUACUUACCUGUUUCAAUUUAUUUACUGAAUAUAUAAAAAUGCAAGUUAGAAAACUAUAGACAAGUAUACUAAAAUAUGAGUCAUGCCUAAAUUUUUGAAGAACACUGGCAAGGGAGAGAUGGAAUGCAUCCUUUGAAUCAGAGAGUCCCAGAUUCAGAGCCUGGAACUCUUUGGUUCUCUAAAUAGUACUUGUAGUGUUCCUCCAACCUCAGCACUUCCAGAUGUGGCCUCCAGAUCAAAUACAAAUUUGAAGAUGACAUAGUAAUUAAUAUAUUACACAUUUAAAAUUAUUAUUACACAAGUUUUCAGACACAAGAUUUUGUGUCUGAAAUUUAGUGAAAGUAAUGGGUAUUAUUUGGGUGAAAUAAUAUGGGUAUUAUUUGGUGAAAAUAAUGGGUAUAGUUAAACUUUAAUUGUUAUUUAGUUUAUAUUUAGAUUUUAAUUAUAUUUUAACUAAAUAUAUUUAAUUAUAUUUAUAUUAUUUUAAUUGUU